CAGUGAUCAUUUCAUAAUGUAUAAAAAUAUAGAAUCACUAUGUUGUACACUUGAAAUUAAUAAUAUUGUAUAGUAAUCAAAAAAUUAAAUAAGACAACUUUCAGAUUCAACAGGUGACUUUUUUUCUUUUUUGGCUUGUGGUAAAAGGGAGGAUUAAACUGCCUGGAAAUUUUCUAGUACAAAGGCCCUACGGUAAAAAAGCAUAGUAGUAUCCUGAUAGCUUUCCCAUAUGGCUCUCUGAUUCCAUCAUUGUAUUUGCAUACAGUUUACGUAGGUUUUUAUUUUCAUGUGUCAGUCAGUGAUGCCGCCUCCUCUGAGAAAGCACGUCAGGAUCCACUAGCUACCAGAGCCUGGAGAUCCUUCUAUGAUCUACCCUCCUCAGAUCAAAUCUAGCCCUGGUAACCCUGACCCUUUCAAAACAACACCUACCUUUUAAAAUCUGUAAGUACAGUCAGGCCAAGAGCCAAACCCUUCAACUAGUAAGGUAAACACUUAACAGGAUAAUUUGCUAAUUUAAGUAGGGUAGAAUAAACCGAUUAACUGUGGCCUUGCAGAGAUUAUGCUCAGGACUUUUGCUCCGUACAUUUUAAAGUUAAGACUACAGAAAGAAGUAACUGAACUGUGGGAGGGCACACCGCAGACUGUAGUCUCAUCCCACACUCACUGAGUACGUUUGUGGGGUUACCAGUCACUGCAAAAUCAUGGUCGUUUGCCUGUCAGCUCAGUUCACCCUCUUAAGAUAAACACUUGUUUCUGUACUCAGCGAAGCUGGUGGUAGGGGUUGAGGUAACUUUUACACUGCGAUCUAAAAAUCUUCGAAACAACUUGCUAAUUAAAACACAAUUUUGAAUUUGCAUUCCUGAUCUUAAUAUUGCUCAAAUAUAUGUAAAUUUAAAAAUUUUUUAGAAAAUAAUUAGUAAAAUUUCUAAUAGGUUAGAAAUAAUGUCUCCAUUUCAACAAAAUAAAAUGGCUUGAUUCAUAGGAAACAUUUUUGGUGAAGGUUCUUUAAAUUUACAAAACUUAACCAUGCAGAAAUCAGAUAAAUUUUCUUUUUAGAGGAGCUUAUAAAGCAUAGUCUGGAGGUCAGAAUUUGGGAAAUGAUUAAGACAACCUAAUUCUAAGAUCACCUUUCUUUUCUUGAAACAUAUAAAUUGGUAAGGUAGACAUGUAUUUGUUAUCAAUGGUAUUUGUUUUCAAGAAGACAUUUUUAUCUUAACAAAUUUCUGAGACUCCACCAGGUUUUAACUUGGAUCCUUAAUAUGGCUCUGAUUAGUGUUUCCGGCCUAAUUAUAAAAUCACUAGGCUUCCCCUAAGAUUAAAAUCUAGAAUGCACCUAUCUCAGUAAUCUUAAAUUGCCUAUUAAGGCAUUUCUAAAUCAUUUCAUUUCGCUGCAUUAGUAAGCAUUUAGGUUUAAGUUAUGAUUUAAGAUACUCACGGGUGGAGGGAUCCAACCCAUAGACGGCUCUCAACAAAAAUGCAGUUGAGCCCAAAAAGCUAAAUGAAAUUCUUUAGGAAUGCCCCAACCUUCUUUAGGUUAAGAGGCAAGUGCAGUAUUUGGCAAGACAAUUUCGUCACAAAUUCAACGGCAGGUUAAAGUGCCCUGUAGUCGAGGUCUGGUUUUUCCUAAAUUUCAGGAACAAAAGAAGCGUUCGCAAGCAGACAGGGAUUGAACUCCCGCUCUCCCCCCUAGUAAAUCAAAUCGAGGAAGAUGAGCGUCCACGAGCACGCCUCGCUUCUUUUCUUUCCCUUCAGGGCUAGCGUUUGGGGAGGAAAGGCUGCGGCUCUUCUUCCCGGGAUUGAGACAGGCCCAGCCCCCAGGUCCUCGCAGCUGCCCUGAAAUUCGGCCCGUUAGCGGCGACUGACCCCGGAGAGAAAAACAUCUUCUCCAGCAGGGGGAGAGGAAACGGCGCACAAAAAGCAGUGCGACUUGUUCCUUACCGCCGUCUAAGGGUAGGGAAAAAGAAAAGAGAAACGAGCCACACUCAAGGGCUCCCGCCCGAGCGGCUUUUAAACUGCGUUUCCACCACCUCUCGCAGGGCGCCGCGGCUAAUGGAACCCGCGCGAGGCGUCCCGCCAAUCACCGCCGCGCUUCCUCCGGCCGCAGGCCAAUGGCGGCGCGCCUUCUUGGGGCGUGGGCGAAGAGAAUCCUCUCCCCUGGCCGCGGUGUGUGGGCUGGGGUUGGUGCGGACUCCUGGCUUGGCCGCACUGGGCCGCACUUGUCCUGCAGGGGCUUUUGUGUCCGCCUUUGGCUUGGCUUUGUGUGCGCGGGUUUCCGCUGGGCUUCGAGGCGCCAGUCCCGGCCGGGAGCCGUGAGGCUCGGAGGCGGGAACGCGGCGCCCCCCACCGCGGGCGAGGAGCGAGCGCGCCGGCGUGAGCGGAGGGUGUGAGGGCUGCGGGGAAGGGGAUUCGCCGCCGAGAUGCCGGAGUUCCUGGAAGACCCCUCGGUCCUGACGAAAGAGAAGUUGAAGAGUGAGUUGGUCGCCAACAAUGUGACGCUCCCGGCCGGGGAGCAGCGCAAAGACGUGUAUGUGCAGCUCUACCUGCAGCACCUCACGGCGCGCAACCGGCCGCCGCUCGCCACCAGCGCCAACAGCAAGGGGCCCCCGGACUUCUCCAGCGACGAGGAGCGCGAACCUACCCCGGUUCUCGGCUCCGGGGCCGCCGUCGCGGGCCGCAGCCGCGCCGCCGUCGGCAGGAAAGCCACAAAGAAAACUGAUAAACCCAGACCAGAAGAUAAAGAUGAUCUAGAUGUAACAGAGCUCUCUAAUGAAGAUCUUCUGGAUCAGCUUGUGAAAUACGGAGUGAACCCUGGUCCUAUUGUGGGAACAACCAGGAAACUAUAUGAGAAGAAGCUGUUGAAACUGAGGGAACAAGGAACAGAAUCUAGAUCUUCUACUCCUCUGCCAACAAUUUCUUCUUCAGUGGAAAACACAAGACAGAAUGGAAGUAAUGACUCUGACAGAUACAGUGACAAUGAAGAAGGAAAGAAGAAAGAACACAAGAAAGCGAAGUCCACUAGGGAUUUUGUUCCUUUUUCUGAACUUCCAACUACUGCCUCUGGUGGAUUUUUUCAGGCUAUUUCUUUUCCUGAAAUCUCCACCCGUCCUCCUCUGGGCAGGACAGAACAACAGGCAGCUAAGAAAGUACAUUCUUCUAAGGGAGACCUACCUAGGGAACCUCUUAUUGCCACAACCUUGCCUGACAGGGACCAAAAGUUAGCCUCUGGAGGGAGGUUUCUUUCCUCCAAGUCUAGCCAUGAUAGAUGUUUAGAGAAAAGUUCUUCGUCAUCUCCUCAGCAUGAACUCGCUGCCAUGUUGGUCUCUGCUGCAGCUUCUCCUUCAUUGAUUAAAGAAACCACCAGUACUUGCUAUAAAGACACAGUAGAAAAUAUUUACUUUGGAGAGAAAAGUGGAAUUCAGCCAGUAUGUACCAAGAGGUCCCGUGGUUCAGAUCAUUCAGUUCUCUCCAGUGAAAGGAAAGCACUAGAAGAGUCUGAGCAAUCACAAGUAAUUUCUCCACCACUUGCUAGGGCAAUCAGAGAUUAUGUCAAUUCUCUAUUGGUCCAGGGUGGAGGAGGUAGUUUGCCAGGGACUUCUAACUCUACACCCCUUCUCAAUGUAGAAAAUACAUGGAAGAGAAUUGGUCCAUCUAAUGUUCAAGAAACUGAACCAUCAUCUCCUCCACGAAAAUUACCGAGAUUCAGUGAAAAGUCAGUAGAGGAAAAGGAUUCAGGUUCCUUUGUAACAUUUCAAAAUACACCUGGAUCUGAACUGAUGUCUUUUGCAAAAACUGUUGUUUCUCACUCGCUCACUACUUUAGGCAUAGAAAUGUCUAAGCAGUCACAGCAUGAUAAAAUAGAUGCCCCCGAACUAUCUUUCCCCUUCCAUGAAUCUAUUUUAAAAGUAAUUGAAGAGGAGUGGCAGCAAAUUGAUAGGCAGCUGCCUUCAUUGGCAUGCAAGUAUCCAGUUUCUUCUAGAGAGGCAACACGGAUAUUAUCAGUUCCAAAAGUAGAUGAUGAAAUCCUAGAGUUUAUUUCUCAUGCCACUGCACCAGCGGGUAUUCGGGCAGCUUCUACUGAGUCCUGUGAUAAAGAGUUGGACUUAGCACUUUGUAGAACCUAUGAAGCUGCAGCAUCAGCAUUGCAGGUUGCAACCCACACUGCCUUUGUAGUUCGGGCUCUGCAGGCAGACGUUAGUCAGGCUGCACAAAUUCUUAGCUCAGAUCCUAGUUGCACGCAACAGGCACUUGGAUUGCUAAGCAGAGCAUAUGAUGCAGCCUCAUUCCUUUGUGAAGCUGCCUUUGAUGAGGUAAAGAUGGCUGCCCAUACCAUGGGAUCUUCCACUUUAGGCCGCCGACAUCUCUGGCUAAAGGAUUGCAAAAUGAAUCCAGCUUCUAAGAAUAAGCUGGCUGUUGCGCCCUUUAACGGUGGAACAUUAUUUGGAAGAGAAGUACUCAAAGUAAUUAAAAAGCAUGGAAAUAAACACUAGUAAAAUUAAUAAUAAAAACAUCUAUGUAAUCUUUAAUAUGGGGAACUUGGCAGCUUUUCUAGGAAUUUGAAAUACUUUUAUGCCAAACUGUCAAACUUCUACCAGUUAAAUUGCACUAUAAAGGUAAUUGCCUUCAUAUAACUGCCUUUUUUUAAAGUUGGAUAUAUAGAAAGCAUGAGACUAACAAUUUAAAGCUUUUCUAGAUCAUAUUUUUUUUCUCAAAUAGUUGUUCCUAUUUUAAGAUUUUAAGGUUUUCUUAUAGCUCUUUAAGAAAAUUCCAUUAACUAGAUUAUAAGUUGAGUCUUCAUGGUUUAAAUAUUACUAAAUAUGUCUUUGCUUUCCAGAACUUAUCUACAUAUUUUCUCUUCUCACUUGUGUUGUUUUUGCUGAUGUCUGCAGUAUUGUUCAUAAUAUUCCAAAUCAGUGCAACUCAAAGUGCCAGUCUACGAACUGUUACUUAUCCACAGAUAAGAUAAGCAUGUACCAGAAUUUGAAUCUAGACCAAUGACAGGGUUUAUUUUUGAGGUAAAAUUUUAUUGAGAAAGACAGAGUGCUGAUUUACAUUCCAGUGCAAAUGCCUCAUUUUUUCAUGGACUGGUAGCAAACAGUUGGUAGACCACACUUUGAGAAAUACUGCUCUAGACCAAUAGUAUUCUGGGAUACUGCAGUCUCACCAUAACUGUAAAACUAUAGUCAGGUGAAGUAAGAAAGAUGGAACUUACACUCCUAAGGUGUAUAGUAAUUCAUGGAUGAUUUGGCUUAAUCUAAGCUAAAUUUUCAAAGCAACUUUAUUAGCUUUUUUUUUAAGUUAUAAGAAAUCAUACUGUAUACCAGUUUCUGUGUGUCAAUAUAAAGCAGUAUAUUCUUUGUUUUCAUUUCUAUGAUUGUAAGAUGAGAGAGUCUAAUUGUAGAAGCACUUGAUUAUUGAAUUUCUUUGUAUUUUUAUGGAAAAUAGUAGAUUAAGUAUAAGCAAAAUGCAGUCUCUUGGGACUUACAGCUAUUACUAUAUUCUUAGAUUAACCUGUCCAUCUUUGCAGCUUACUGGGAGUAAUUUUGUUAUUUGUCUUUUGAAAUGUACAUGUAUACAUGUACCUACUAAGUACUCUGUGAUUUUUUUUUUAAUGUGUAACUGUAGAAUGCUUCUGCAAAUUCAAUAAAGUUGUUAAAUUGGAA